UUUCAGUCUUGGAUGGCCGAAACCAAAGAUAUUGCUCCUGGAACAUAUAGCCUUGAACUUGGCAAGACAUUCACCGAACAACGACGUACAGAUGGACCUUCUUAUCACACGCUUCGCUAUGACUUCAAGCCAAUGUCUGUUGCUUCAUCGGAUUCUGAUACAUACAUAGCACUUGGAGCUAAUGGAGAUGUUCAUGUUGCCGUUCCAACAGAAGGGGAAAACAUGACAGUUUUCAAGGGAUCCAAGAAAGAUGCGAAAGCAAAAGAGUGUUUACUGUUUUUCGAUAAGAAGACGGGAAAAUUACGCUUGGAAAAGAUCAACUCAAAUAUCAACGUGAAAAAGACCCGAGAUUUGGACCCAUCAGUCGAGAGUGUGUUACGUUCGGAGAUGGCUCGGUUGCGCACUGCACGAAUAGAUCGUCCGCCUCCUCCAGAGCCCAGCAGUUCUUCCUUCCCUGGAGCCGAUAGCAGUAGUUCAUCUGACUCUUCUAGCGACGAUAGUGAUAGCGACAGUGGCAGUGGUUCUGAUGAUGAGAGCAAACCCAAAACUGGAGGCGAUUCUAAUUCAAGCUCGGCAAACAGUGAUGUUGAAAGUCAGAUACUGGAAAGCAUGAAGGCUAGCGGACCAGCCCCAGCUCCGUUUAAUGAAAGUAUCGAUAUGCCGGCGUUGGACACUAUCUCGCAGCCUCCACCUCCACAACCUGCCCAGCAGAAUAGCUACCAGCCCAGGCCACCUCCACCUAAGACCGAUCACGGAGACCUGGGUCUGAAUCUAAGCGAAAGUUCUGAUGAUGACGAGUGAACUUGUGGAUCAUUGUGGUUGAAUUGUUCUUCGAUUGUGUGGCAAUGUAAUUUUUUUGCUUAUCUGCAUUGAUCUUUGGGCUGGUGGUAGAGUAAUCGCGGCGCCGCGGUAGUGGCUACCAUUAUUUGCAGGCUAGACUUGUCUAUUAUGAAAUUUACAGCAGUGGGGUACUGUAAUAAAAUGAACU